AUGCCAACAAAGAAGCCAGCAAUCUUCAUGAAGGCAUCAAAUUCACUUAUUGCUCGUGGAGAAUUGAUCAAGGUAUUUGGUGGUUACUCUAUUAGUGUUAGAUACCAAGUGGAUCAACAGAACUUCACCACGAGAUUGAACUUGGAUUUGUUAUUAGUUCUGAACUUAAUAAUGUCCCACCAUCACAGGUAUUUCGUGGAGUUAGGAAUCUCAGGCUGCGUCCUUGCUUUGGACAUGACUGAUCGUCAAUUACAAAAUAGGCUCAUAGAAGAACGCCUCCCGUGGACUCUGGCUAAGUCGUUUGACACAUCAUGCCCAGUGAGCGACCUCGUCGAACUGAAAUUACUACCUCGUUCCUUAUUUCGCCCCAGAGACAAAGAACCUAACUAUGUUGCCGACGAGCUCGCUUUUCAUCUGAAUGUCAACGACGUUCGACGCCAGGAAGGAAACUCUUCCCAAAUGAUUCACAGGCCUGCUGAAUUGAUUUCUUUUAUUUCAAAACGAAUUACUCUCUAUCCUGGCGACAUUAUUCUCACAGGAACCCCAGCCGGUGUUGGGCCAGUAUUACCAGGAGAUAAGCUGGAGGCUUCUCUGUUAUACAAGGGCAAGGAGUUGUGUAUCAUGGAGUUUCACGUAUCUCGAUAA